AUGGAGCAGUUAGAAAGUCAACUGUUUAUAGUUUUGGGUGUAAAAAUAAAGCCUGGUCCAAUGGAAAGGUACAAACUUGAAAAUUUUGCACUCGAUAAUACUGUGUCAACUUUAAAAGAAGAGGCAGAAAAGAAAACUAAUGAGCCAUCUUCUUCUUUAGAAGCCAUACAUCAUGGGAAAAUUCUUAGGGAUACAGCUACACUACAAGACAGUGGAGUCAAAAAUGGUGAAAUGAUACAUGUGGUGAAAAGAAAAGUCGAGGCAGCACCCGCACCAGCUCCUACUUAUUCUGAUGCAGAAUUACAGCAGUUAAAUACAUCAUUACGGACAUUAGGCUGCACACCAAAUGCACCUGGGUGGACUCGAGCUAUGCAGUUAUUAAAUGACGAAGCGACAUUAUCAGAAGUGAUUGAUCAGUCGCCAUCUUUGAGCGAAGACUGCGUGGCUCUGUCAAUCCUCCAUGAAGUAGAACUCCUUGCGGCUUUAGGUGCUAAUGUGCAGACAAUGCGCAGAGGAGUCAACGCUCACCCCGACUUGCCGGCUGCCCUCCGCCAUCUCACCAGGCUAGUGCGCUCCCGAAAUACUUCCGCUAAUGAUAAUGUGCCUACAUCAGGGUUCGCGUAUUCACUUGAGGCUCUGUCGGAGGAUGAAGACGUUGAGGAAGAGGAGACUGAAGAAGGCGGUGAAAGAAGUGCGAUUACGCAGGAACAUCUCGCAGCUGCUUUACAGGCAGCAACAGAGGCGGUCUUCUCUCCUAGUAAUCGUGCUGGAGGCAGUCAAGAAAGUUUACUACGUCUUUUGCAAGCAGCUGGAGACAGGGGCCCCUCGAGACCCUCAAAUACCACUGAAUCUAACACGCCAACUGGCUCAGGCACCAGCCGCGCUGUAAUAACUUCAGAAAUGUUCAGUGAAGCUAUAUCAGAGGCCAUUAACAGAGCUGGCAGUCGAAAUGCAGCUAGCACACCUAUGGACCAAAGCACCGCAGCGUCGUCGUCACAGAGCCCAGUUGGAACGAGGGAUGAAAAUUUUAGCACUCAAUUAAAUCAUAUGCAUGAGAUGGGACUUUUGGAUGAUGCUCUAAACGUACGCGCGCUGCUUAUAUGCUCAGGUGACGUCAACGCAGCUAUAAAUCUGGUAUUUAGUGGCGCCAUUGGUGAUGACUAA